AUGGUAGACUCGAUAAGAGCGCACUCUCAUCACCAAAAUAAUUUAUCUAAGAAAUUAUCCAGAAUCCUCUUGCAUAUAUCAUUAAAUAAAAAGACCCAAUGCCGUAUAAUGUCAUCAUUCGACAUUAACAAACUUGUUUCAUGCUUACAAUCUACCAAGAUAAAAGACAGGAAUGACGGGUUGAGUCUGGUUGAAAACUUAUUAAAUUCAAAGUUCAAAUUAAAUCCAAAGCAAUUCGAUGUCUUGGUUAUUUCAAUGUUUACAUUGAUUGAAAAUGAACAGAUCAGUUAUUUAAAGAAUAAGGCAAGUAGUGCUGAAUUUAGAUUGUCCUAUGGUUCCAAUUGUCUCAAGUUGUUGAUAGAAAAAUCGUUGGAUUAUAAUCAAGAGUUACGGAAUUCUAAUAAACCUAUUAAGAUGAAAUAUAAAUUCUACAUGAGCAUCAUUCAUUCAAUACGGAACUAUUAUUUUAUUGAAGAUAAUAUAUUAGAACCUUGUGCAUUAGACUUUACUAAGAUUUUAUCGAGCAUCACAAGUCAAGGGUUCUUCAAGGAACAUCUAAAUUAUGAGGACUGGUUACAUAUCUACAACCUUCUUAUUAAACUGUCGAGCUUUAUCCUUGACGAGUUAACUAAGAUAAAUAUGCAUGAGAAAUUACUCGUUGAAAUAUUCACUUCACUUCAUUUUCUAAUACAAGCGGAUUCAUCGAUAUCAGUAAACUAUUUGCAAUUAGUAAGUUCAAGUGUUCCAAAUAAUUAUUUCAAACUACUAAAGAUUCUUUCCAAAACAUGUAACUUUUUUAAAAAGGAAAGCAUGCUUACGGUAUUGCUAUUCAAGAUUAUUAAUAAGUUGAUUAUUACAUUGUGCACGGAAAACUUUAAAUUUGUAAAUAAAUUGAUUCAAAUUUCAAUAAAAUUAAUGAUUUCAUUUCACCAAACACAAUUAGAUUCUUUACAGGUUCAAUUUCUUAUAUUCAUGAAUUUAUCUGCUACUCAUUCCUUCUUGAAUUUGCAUAAUUUUCCAAAACUAAUAGGUGAUUCUUCCAUUAUACUGGACGACCCGUUUGAUUCUCGACAAGAUAUUUCAAUACGAUCGAGUGAGGACUCAAGUAAAACCAACCAAUCCAUUGAUAGUAUUACGGAUGGAGAUAAUGAUGAAGUAAUUCUCUAUAAUGUUGGUAUACUUAUACAGAAUCUUGUUAGCAAGCUUUAUUCCUCAAAUAAUCAAGUCAAGUCGGAAGAUAUAAACUUUAUGCGAAAGCCUACUGAUGAUAAAAACUGGUUCAAGCUCCGCUCAAUCUACUUGAGGGUAUCUGAAUAUGAUGAGCCUGAUAGUCUUCAGCCUUGGUUAUUUAAUGCUGGUUUAUCGAAAUUUAUUAAUUCAUACUUUGAGUUCAAAAAAUCAUUGUACGAACAUAAUACAAUUAAUUCACUCAAUACUUUUAAUGCAUCUAUUGUGAGGUCUGAUUCGAUUCAUCAAAAUAAACGUCAAAAGCUAAAUAUACUAAGUGAAGCAUUGUACCAUUCAAAUAAUAUUCUAGAUUUUUGUAAUAAGCUCAUUAUUGACAAAACCGAUUAUAAAGUACAACAGACAGGAAUGCAAAUCUUGACAUUCUAUUUAGAGGUAUAUUCGCCCAGGGUUGAAAUAAGUCCUUUGAGAAAUAUAACAAGCAAUAAUGAUGUUAAGUUAAGUGGUAGUUCCAGUACAAAAAAUAGUAGUAUAUUAGACAUGAGUGAUUCAACGUUACUUAAUUCGACAUUCGAUUUUCCGCUUACAACUAAUGAUUCAGAAUCACAAUUCAAUGUUAAUUUAAUUUUCAAAAAUGUUAUCAAUGCUUUUGAUACUGAUGAGUUAAAUUACUGGUCAUUGAUGGCUACUAGGGCUAUUAUAUAUGAUUCUUUACAACGUCUGAUUAAAAUUGAAGAAAAAUAUUUCUUCCAGUUGCUUAAAAUUGCAUUACAACUCAUUAAAAACAAAGAAGUAUCAAGGAUUUCGUGCAGUCUUGUUUAUUCAAUCAUCAGUCGUCAUUCAAAUGAAGGCUUGAAUAAAAUCAUGGAGAAAUCUUUAAUUAUCCAAAUUGAUAAUCUCAUAGAUUUAUCUGAAAUCAGUGGGCCUUUCUCUAUUUGUGAGGAGAGCUUUCAGUUGUGGUAUUCAAUCAACAAGCUUGUUAGAAAUAUUAACCUUGCAAGAAAUUUCAUAUUAGCGGAGAGAAUACAAGCCUGGCUUAUCUCGAAAUGGGAUAUAGCUGCAAAUAUUAAUAUCGGGUUCUGGUAUUCUAACCCGAGUUCACAUUUUGAGUUUGUCAACUUCAUAUGUUGGUUAUGUGGUAUCAAUAUCGAGCAAAGCAAUCAACAAAAUUUAUUGGACUUGUAUUGUGGUGUUUUAAAUGAAGCAAAUAUCUUUAUGAAUUCAUACAAUGAGCUAGAAGUGUUUUUUUUGAAUAAUUGUAACGUUCGUGAUAAUACAUCUUCGUGGAUUGAGAUUGAUAUCGACAACUUAUCUGAAAAUAAGACUAGUGAUGAUCUUUUAAUUCGAAUAAUUGAGACUGGUAAAAACUAUCUUAAAGAGGAACUGGUAUCUGUUGAAGCAUUUGAAUGGGCAAUAUUAGAAUUUAGAAUAGUCAGGUUAUUAAAGGACCACGAUAUUCAUAAUCAAUUAAUUAACUCCAUACAAUAUCAAGCAUCUGAUUUGCUUGAAUGUAUUAAUGUCAUGAAUGCUACAUCGAAUAUUUCUGAUUUUAUAAAAGUGCUAAGCAGAACCAACUUCAUGUUAAUGAAAGGUGGUUCUAUUGAAAUUAUUUCUACGAGUUUCGAAUUAGGCAAUUUUUUUGAUAAGAUUUCAGGUAAUGGACUAAUGUACAAUGCGAAUCAGAGGUUAUUACAACAAGAUCAAUGUAGUAAUAAUGAUAAUAUUGAUAUGUUUCAUGAUGAAUUCACCUCGACCAAUGAACCGAAAACUAAUUUUCAAACUGAAUCUAAAUCGACUAUAUUAAAUUGUAUCAAUUUAGGAUACGUAGAUGUCAGUUGUGUUCAAGCUUUAAAAUGCCUUUUGAUUAGGAAUAAAAUUCAAGGAGAUAGCUCAGUCAAGACAUUCGAUCUUAUUGUGAAAUUUCUUGAAUCUUUACGGUCUCCGGAAGUGCUUUACUGUCUUUUCUAUUUAUGUAGAUUACUUGAGAGUGGAGAUUUAGAACGUUCAGAAAUACCCAUUGUAUCUUGGACAAGAAUUAUAAGAAUUUUGGGAGAAGGUCCCUUAACAAAUUUUGAUUUAGAACGAGAUGAAUUAACUAUUAUAAUCGUUUCAAAACUACUAACGAUUCUGUUUCCUAUAUGGCACGAUAACCCUGAUGAUGCUUUCAAAAAAGAUUGUUUGGAUAUGUGUUCCUGGUUAUUGCAAUGUGGUACUAAGAAUUUGAUAUUAACAGAAGCUUCAUGUAUUGAAUUUUUGAUUUUCAUGAUUGCUUAUUCAAGAUACAAUAAUCAAACAAUUAUAGAGAAUAAUGAAAUUAAAUCGUUAUUCAUUAAGACAUUUACGAAAUCGACGAAUAAUAUAAAAAUUAAAAUACUCCCCAGUUUGGUUAACUAUUUAAAAUCAAUAUCUGUUACUGAUCAGAUGGCCAUUUACAAGGAACUCUUUCUUAAUUUUGAUACACCCCAACAGUCAAUUGAAACAUGCGGUACUUUCUGUUUAUUCUUUUGCAUCUUAUCGGAAGCAUCGAUACAAGUGACAAUAGCUGUGAUCUUCAAUUUUAUGGAGUAUUCUAGGUUUGAAUAUUUUUUGCCAUAUAUAAAAGGGGCCUUUUCCCUAAUAUAUAAAAGGUUGAAUUUAAAAUCAACGAAGGAGUUAUUUAAUUUAUUCAAGUAUGAAAUACUAAAAUCUUGGUGGAGUUAUAAUUUUGAUAUUAAGCAAUUUCCAUAUGACUUGUUCGAUUAUGAUGACAUAUCAAGCUUUCUCUCAUCUAAUUGCAAAGAAUUGAUUGCAGUCUCAAUCUCCAAUGCUAAUAAUUCUAAUUCUGGUUUCUUGGAAAUGAUCUCUUCUGUUAAGGAGACAGAUCUUGCAAGUCUUGUUUUUGAUAGUUUGACCUUGGCAAUACCAUUGGCAUAUACCAGAGAAGGCAUUAGAAAUGAUAUGUUUAAGAAGUUAUCAGAUAUAUUAAAAGAUCAAUAUCGACUUCAAAUGAAAGAAAAGGUAACCACAAUCAUAUUUGAAGUAAUUAAGUUUACUGACAUGUCAAACGAGAAAUAUAUACGAGAUUUAGGGCCGAAGAAUGAGGUUACAUUACAACUUUUUAAAAACAAUUCCCAAAUUUUGGAAACUCCAGGACUGGUAUCAAUAUCACUUCAUUCAAGUCUAGAUCUCAUAAGGGGUCUAGUUGAAAAAUACAGUGUGAAUCCUAAAUCUUUCUGGCAGGUGAACGUGUUAUACUUCUUAUUUCGUCAUAUUUCAAUAAUCCUUCACAAUUCAGUCAAUGUGGAACAAAAGUUAUUAUGUUUGAGAAAAUUUAAGUUGCUUAUUAUUUUAGGACAUAAAAACAUAUUUCUGCUCCAAUUAGCAAAUCUUUUGAUUACUACAUUAUCUCCUUUCUUAAAGGAAUCGGAUCUUCAUGAGGAUGUUGCAAACAUUUUGUCUAUAUUUCGUAUCCAAAAGCUAGGCAAAUAUGACGAAUCUGAAUUUUUGCCAUUCAUAGUGAAACUAGUUUCUUGUUUGGUUGAAGUAGAUGGUACCAUAACUUCUAUUAACCUGCGUCUUUUAAAAACACUCGAGGAAUACGUAACUCUUUCAAAUAAGAAUAGAAAAGUUCACGUAAUUCUCCAAGCGAGUAUGAACGUCUUAAAGUCAAAGCCGAUUGAAUUGACAUCAUCUGAUAUUGAAUUCUUUCUAAAUGAUGAGGCAGAAUUAAAACUUUGUACAAUGGGUGUAAGCAAUAAACAUGUCAUGAAAUUGGUAUCACUGAUAUUCAUGAUUGUCGAAUUUUAUGAUGAAACCAGGUUACACGAAAAUGUUGUAAAAUUAUUAUUGAAUCAAAAAGAUACUCAACAAUCCAAGAAAUUUAAAUUAUGGAGUGCCGAAUAUUUAGCCAACUACUAUUUGAAUGGAGGAUUAAAUAAUAAAAUAUCUCAUAUUGUUUCUCUAGUCGAGAAUGAUACACUUUUAGAAGAUACUUUUGAGAGUGAUAUAUCCAGCAUGGAUAACAUUUUGAAUGAAAUUUUACGAUAUAUUGUAUCUGAUAACUUAGAAAUUGCAGCGUGUGCAGAAUCUAUAUUAGGAGUUUUAAUCUGGAAAUUUAAAACCAGAAAAUCAGAUGUCCAGAAAUUUCUAAAUUUUGAUAAGCAUGAAAAUGAUUAUGCACUGUUCAUUGUUCCCUUGGAUUUCCACUCUUGUAUUUUACUCAACUCUAAUGAUGAUGAAUUGCGCAUCCUUGGACACUCAAUAAAAGAAAUAAUUUCUAAUUUGGGACAAUCUUUAGAGGGCAUACUGUUCGAAACAUGGACGAGUCGUUUAUUUUUAUCGAUUACUCAAGAGUUGGCAAAAUUUACUAGUAUUGCCCCAUUAUUUUCAAGUUUUGCUACUAAAGUUGACUCUUUUUCGAAGACUGUAUUGCCUGGAUUUAUUUGCUACUAUUUGAACACUACUGGAAAGGAAGGAGCACUGCAGGUGAUAAAGCUUCUAUCCGAAUUCGCUAAACUACGAUCGUAUGAAUCUGACUUCAUUGAAUUGCUUAUGCAAAUAUUAUUGAAAAUCAGAAUUGGCGCAAAGAAAUCAAUUCCUAUAUUUAUGGAGGUUUAUCUGAGUUUGAAUAUAAACUACUUUUAUGAAAUUGCUGCAAAACACAAAUAUUUCAAGACUGCAUUAAUGUUAUUUGAGGACGAUGUGAGCAAGCAUGAGAAACAUAUAGAUUGGCUGAGCAAUUCGAGGCUCCUAUCUAAUAUUUAUGAGUCGAUUGACAAUGAGGAUUUGAUCUUUGGUUUACCUGAAGAAACAUCCUUAGAGUAUGCUAUCAAUAUGAUAAAUAGAAGAAACGAAACCUCAGAUCAAUUAAAAUUUGAUAGCGGCUUAUUUGAUACAAAUAUUUCUUUCGACUUGGAAAGAAGAAAUACUGGAAUUCUCAAUUCCAUGGUUCGUAAUGGAUUUCUAGGCGUUUCGAAACUAGUCAGCAAGAGCUUAAAUAAUGUCGAUACAAACAAUGCAAGUUUUGAAUGGGCAUGGAAAUUGAACUGUUGGGAUAUUCCAUGCCCGAGAGAGGCAAAUGAAGAGCACCAGCUUAUCUAUAAAACAUUGAAGCAAAUCCACGAUUACCCUAGUUUUGCAAGCGAAUCAUGUCAGGAAUCAUUAUUGCAAACAUUGCAUAUUAAAGAUGCCAUAAUCAAUUGUUGUUCCAGCCCAAAAGAACUCCGAUUGAAUAUAGAAAGAUGGCUAAUUAGUUUGACAUGCAUUUCCAAUAUCAGAGACGUUUUACGCUAUAAAGAAUCUGACUUUAGAAUUCUGCUACACGAGUUCUCUCAACGUACAGAUUGGUUUGAACAGGCAGAUUUUGAUAUGUCUGAAAAUAUACUUCUAGCAAGAAAGGCAGCUCUUCAAAUUACAGGUGAUUUAUCUUCAGACUGCAUGCUGCUUAAAAAAGAAAGCAUCUGGUUAUGCGUGUUACAUGAUUUAAUUAGAUACAAUUCUAUCGCAAUUAUUGCGAAGGAGCUGCAAAAACUGGUUAAUUCAAUCGUUAUGAUAAAUGAGAUCUCCAAGACUAAGUUUUCCGAGUCAGAUCAUUUGCUCAGAGAUAGUAUCAGCCAGCUAACAAAGUAUCAAAUAGCCCGAACUCUUUGGCAACAAGGGCAUACUAGCAUUCCUGUUAUAAUGUUGAAAGAACUGCAACAAAAUGAGGCUAUUAAUACUUCUAUCAGUAGUAUGAAUAUCACACCCAGUUUGAUUAAUGCAAAUUUAGUUGAUUGGAUGUCUAAUUCGAGGCAGGAUUUGGCAUCAAAUAUUAUGGCAAAAUAUGUCUUGCCUACAGCUGAUAUGGUAACAUAUGUCAAAGAAUUGGAUCAAAAAGCUAAGGUAUAUGAGAUUUUAGCAAAUUUCUGUGAAACUCAGUUCAGAUCUCUUAGCUUGAAUGACCAUGUUUAUAAGCUCGAAAAGCUGGUUGAUUUAAAGAAAUCUGAGAUCGAAGAACUAAAAUCACAUUACAGCAGGAUGCCAGUUGCAGCUGACGAGAAGAAAAAUGCUCAACGGUACUAUUCGAAAUUAAAAGCUCAAUACAUUGGAGAGCUAUCUGAUCUAAAUUCCUUGAAAGGAAGUAUAUGUGAAUUUUCUGACAAGGCUGUUGAGUUCUAUUUGAAGAGUAUAUUAACUGAUGGCGAUAAUGAUGAAAACUUAGAUAAAUUUUUUGCUUUAUGGUUAGAGCAUUCAAAUAAGGAUGAUUUGCAUGUUUCCAUUUCCGAUAAUGUUUUGUCAUUGCCGAAUCACAAACUAAUCAGUUGGUCAACCCAAUUAAUAUCCCGUCUUUCCAGUGAACCGUCUAAAUUUCAAAACUUAUUAAAGUCUUUGAUUGUAGGUCUAUGUUAUGACCAUCCAUAUCAUUCAUUGUAUGGUUUGAUAUCUUUGAAAAAGCAUGAAUCAUAUGCAAAUAAGAGUUCCAAUGUACUCCUUAUCUCAAAAUCUGUGGCCGCAACUGAUAUCUGGCAACAACUUCUUACACGAGGUGACAAUAAAAUUAACGAAAUACUUCUUAAUAUUGAGAAGUUUUGCAAUGAAUCGAUCAAACUUGCGGAAUAUAAAGUAUCCAAAGGAAAAUCAAUCCAGUUGGACAGUUUAAAAAUUGGUAAUUACUGGCUUCAAGUCUUACCACAUAUUCCGCCUCCGACUAUAAAUUUGCCUGUGGAUUUAUCAACUAGAUAUAACAAUGUGAUAUAUUUCGAUAGAGUUGUCCCUAAAGUUAGCAUUGCAACAUCCGGUCUAAGUUUACCAAAAAUUGCCACAUUCUAUUUGUCUAAUGGCUCGGAACAUAAAGUUUUAUUGAAACAUGGAACUGAUGAUUUACGUCAAGAUUCAAUUAUGGAACAAGUAUUCGAAAAGGUUAACAAUAUUUUCAGGAAAGAUAAAGAAACUAGGAAACGUGAAUUAAAGGUUAGAACGUAUAAUGCUGUUCCUUUGGGUCCUGAGACUGGCAUAAUUGAAUUUGUACCCAACUCCAUAGCAUUAAUUGAUGUUAUUAGGCCAUAUCAUUCCAAAAUUGAUACUUUGAAGGCAGAUAAAGCGAGAGAUUUAAUGAAAACCUGUCAAUCUGAAGACAAAACUGAGAGAUAUAAGACUUAUGACAAAAUAAGCAAGAAAAUAUCUCCAGUUUUAAAAUAUUUCUUCUUCGAUAAUUAUGUUGCUCCCGAUAUCUGGUUUGAUACUAGAACUUCAUACACCCGUGGGAUCGCCACAACGUCUAUGGUGGGUCAUAUAUUGGGAUUGGGUGACAGGCACUGCAAUAAUAUCUUAUUAGAUAAAACCUCUGGUGAGCCCAUUCACAUUGACUUGGGUGUUGCGUUUGACCAGGGUAAACGAUUACCAAUACCCGAGACUGUACCUUUCAGGCUAACAAGAGAUAUUGUGGAUGGUUUUGGAAUUACUGGGGUCAAUGGCGUUUUUGACAAGUCCUGCGAACACACGUAUAGAGUCUUGCGACAAAAUAAAGAUCAUAUUCUAGCAAUUUUGGAUGUAUUACGUUGGGACCCUUUGUAUUCUUGGAGUUUGUCCCCGAUAAGAAGAAAAAAAUUGCAGAAUGAAGGUGAUAGAAAUGAAGUGGGUAACUUGAAGCCACAAGAAGACGGUUCGGAAGGUGGAAGAGCGGUUUUAAUGGUUUCAGAUAAACUAACUGCAGGGGGUUUAAGCGUAGAAGCGAUAGUUAGAGAACUUGUCCAAGAGGCAACAAGUCCCCACAAUUUGGCCUUGAUAUACUGCGGAUGGUGCCCAUUUUACUAA